AAAUAAAAAAUCUAGAAAGUGCAGCGGCAAAAAUCGCAAUAUAUUGAAAAAUGUUCUAAUAAAAUAUUAAUGAAGCGGAAAAACAUGUAAAAAAAAUACAACCUUCACUUUAUCCAAAAAAAACAAAAUCAUUAAAAUUUAAAAACGCAAAACAUUUCAAAGAGAAGAGAAAAAAAAAACAAAUAAUUGAAAACGCUUUUAUUUAAAAAGUUUAAUGCAGCCAACUUAAAUUUAAGUAGACUUUGUCUUUUACAAUAAAGUCUGUGGAAAGAAAACCCAGCCAAGGGCAAGUCAUUGUCCAAUGUUCAUUUCGUAUAUAAAACUGGACGAGUAUUCGAGUGUUGCAGCUACUGCUGCUCUCAACCAUCAACUCGGUGGUAAUUCGACUCCAUUAACAAUGGCAACCCCAGGAGCAGCUGUGGUAGCGACAACAACUUCAACAACAAUGACAGCGGCGCUAAUUAUAACAACAACAAAGACUAUGAACAACAUGUCAACGCAAACUUGCAGCAGUGAUUGCUACAUUGAAGCAAGUGAAAAUAAUGGCAAUGAUGCUCAAGGCUCGAAUAUCACAACCCACAGCAAGGAUAAUGAGAUCAACAGCCGCAAGAGCAGCAACAGCAACAGCAGCAGCAGUUGCAGUGUCAAUAGCAACAGUAAUAAUGCCACCAGCGCCAACACCACAACCACCACCAACAUAUGCAUCACCUAUUGCAGCAGCAAUCACAGUAAUGGUGAUGCCAACAGCAAUGGCAACAGUUCAAGUAACAGCAGCAGCAGCAGCAGUGGCACGAGUAGCAGCAGCAGCACCACCAGCAGCGACAGCCAUGCCGAUAUAUUAUCCUUGGAACGUUUGUUGCUCUGUGUGCAAGAAGAAACCGAUGAAGAUGGUUUAUCGCCCUUUGAGGAUUUUAAUGAGGAAUUGCAACAACAACAAAGCCAUAGGCAUCGACAUCAUAAUCCCUACCAUCGGCAUCAUCGACAUCAACGGCAUCAUCAUCAUCAUCAUCAUCAUCACCAUCAUCAGCAGCAUGGGCAACAUCAUUCCCCGGACAAUGAGAGCACCGAUGACAAUGACAACCACCGUCACAGUAACUCCCUCAAUGACAAUUGUUCUGCAUCGGGCUGUGAGGGAUGUGCCGAGUGCUCUACAUUUACAGAGUCUGAAAAUGAGCAAUGCGAUGGUGCUGCAUCCUCCACUCUGAAUGCUGCCGCCGUCUCACCUGCCUCAAUGUAUGCCACCAAUGCCAAUGAUCUAUUGACGCGACGAUUUCGCCGCUCAUCCAUUGGUAUGCAAAGGAAAUCGGCAUUCCGUCAAAGGAAAUUAGAUUCCUUGGGUACAUUGCGACGGAAACGAAGACCUGGCCCUGCCAUAAGUAGUCGAAGACCCAUACGCAUUGUGCCCGAUUGGACGGAAAAUGCUAUCCAAGGUGAACACUACUGGAAGCCAACAUCGGCAUCGGGCGAUUUGUGUUGUCUCAAUGAGGAGUGUAUUAAAAGUGGACAACGCAUGAAGUGCUCGGCAUGCCAAUUAAUUGCGCAUCAAAAUUGCAUUCCAUUAGUCAAUGAAAAGACUUCAUUAGCUUGUAAGCCAACGUAUCGCGAUGUCGGUGUCCGACAAUACAGGGAACAAUCGGUGACCCACCAUCAUUGGGUCCAUCGUAAAAUGGAAAAAGGCAAAUGCAAACAAUGUGGCAAGGCUGUGCAAGGCAAAUUAUUUGGUUCAAAGGAAAUUGUUGCAUUAUCAUGUGCCUGGUGUCACGAGGUCUAUCACAAUAAGGAGUCAUGCUUCAAGGAAUCCAAAAUUGGUGAAGAGUGUAAAAUGGGCAAUUAUGCCCCCAUUAUUGUGCCACCCUCAUGGAUUGUCAAAUUGCCCAGCAAAGGCAAUUUCAAGUCAUCCAUUCGUGUCAACAACAAAGGAACGCCAAAUGCCAAGGAUAAGAAAAGCCGAGGGAGUUCAAAACGCAACAAAAAAGAUGACAAAAAGGACCAGAGAGCUUUCAUUGUCAAACCGAUACCAUCGACGGAAGUAAUACCAGUCAUUGUCUACAUAAAUCCGAAAUCUGGUGGCAAUCAGGGUGUCAAACUAUUGGGAAAAUUUCAAAAUAUUUUGAAUCCCAGACAGGUGUUUGAUUUAACACAAGGUGGACCCAAAAUGGGUUUGGAAUUAUUCCGCAAAGCACCCAAUCUACGCAUUUUGGCUUGUGGUGGUGAUGGCACCGUUGGUUGGGUGCUCUCUGUUUUGGAUCAAUUGCAACCGCCCAUACAACCAGCACCUGCUGUAGGUGUCUUGCCCCUGGGUACGGGCAAUGAUUUAGCCAGAGCGCUAGGCUGGGGUGGUGGCUACACUGAUGAACCCAUAGGCAAAAUAUUAAAAGAAAUCGGUAUGUCACAAUGUGUUCUUAUGGAUCGUUGGCGUCUAAAGGUAUCGCUCAACGAGGAUGUGCCCGAUGACAAUGUGGAUCGCAGCAAAGACAAUGUUCCCUUGAAUGUGAUAAACAAUUACUUUUCAUUUGGUGUGGAUGCCCACAUAGCUUUGGAAUUUCAUGAGGCACGUGAGGCCCAUCCCGAGAGAUUCAAUUCACGACUGCGCAAUAAAAUGUACUACGGCCAAAUGGGAGGCAAAGAUUUGAUAUUACGCCAAUACCGAAAUUUGUCACAAUGGGUGACGCUGGAAUGUGAUGGUCAGGAUUAUACGGCCAAAUUACGUGAUGCCGGUUGCCAUGCUGUGUUAUUCCUAAAUAUACCCAGCUAUGGUGGUGGCACUCAUCCCUGGAAUGAUUCCUUUGGCCAAUCUAAACCCAGCAUAGAUGAUGGUCUCAUUGAGGUUGUUGGUCUAACCACCUAUCAAUUGCCCAUGUUGCAAGCCGGCCUACAUGGCACUUGCAUUUGCCAGUGUCGCACGGCACGUAUAACCACUAGGAAGACGAUACCCAUGCAAGUGGAUGGCGAAGCAUGUCGUGUGAAACCCUGCAUCAUAGAAAUGGAAUUGUUGAACAAGGCCAUUAUGUUGGCCAAACGCAAACAACGUGGUCAGGGUGACAUACAAGUGAAUCCUUUGGAAGUGUUAAAUUUGUUGGUAUUACGCGUCACAAUGGAUCAAUAUGAACGUUACCACUAUGAAAAGGAUAUGUUAAGAAAAUUGGCCAAUAAAUUGGGUCAAAUUGAAAUUGAAUCCCAAUGUGAUCUCGAACAUGUGAGAAAUGUUCUCAACUCUAGAUUUGAGGAAUCAGUGACAUAUCCCAAGGUAUCACAAGAUUGGUGUUUCAUUGAUGCCUGUACCGCGGAACACUUUUUCCGGGUCGAUCGUGCCCAGGAGCAUCUCCAUUACAUUUGCGACAUUGCCGUGGACGAACUAUUCAUAUUGGAUCAUGAGGCUGCCACCAUGCCACAGACGCCUGAUCAGGAACGUUCAUUUGCCGCCUAUUCGCAUCGUCAGGCGCAAAAUGAACGCCGCAACAUGGAGCAGCAGGGACAGCCGGGUACUGGUGAUGAUGAUUUAACCAUUGGAUCGAAACCUUUGAAAGUUUUUAAAUUUAAGAGCGCUUACGAUCGCCUAUUUAGUUUCAACGAAGAUGUCUUCGGUUAUGGAUUCAGCCCUAUACUGGAGCAAACUUCCGAUGCCGUAUUAUUAGCUGCCCAGACUGGCGAUUUAUUGAUGUUAUAUACACUACAUGAACAAGGAUACUCAUUGCAAUCAGUCAACAAGGGUGGACAAACAGCUUUACAUUUCGCUUGCAAAUAUAAUCAUAAGGAUAUUGUUAAAUAUAUUUUAUCGUGUUCAACACGUCGCUUAAUAAAUAUGACUGACAAAGAAAAGGGAGAAACAGCAUUGCAUGUAGCAGCCCGGAACGGUCAACGCGAUUUGUGUGUAAUGUUGGUAGCAGCUGGAGCCAAUGUCGAAAUUCGAGACAUGUCAGGCAAUACAGCCAUGAUGGUGGCAUUCAAUAGAAAUUUCACUGAGAUUGCCUCAUAUUUGGAAAGCCAAGAAAGAUUUUUACAUAUGGGCGAAAAUAUGAGGUCCGCCGCUAAAUAAAAUUUAUUUUUCUAAAACUUAUUUAUAGACGUUUCCUUUUUUGUUGUUUUAAGACUCUUAUAUAAACUAUAUAAGUAUUUAUAAUUACUGAAAUUAUGAUCUUUUUGUUAGGUUUAAUAUUAAAGAAAAAAAAUUAAAAUUAAUUUGUAAGAGGUUAAAGGUCUUAUUAAAGAAAAUAAUAAAUUUAAAAAUCACUUAUACAAAAAAAAUCAUUUAAAAAACAAACAUCUUAAUUAUAUUUUAAGCAUAAAAACCACAUUUGAAAUAUUUUUUCAACAAAAAAAAAAUUCUCUAAUUCUUUAAGAACUUCUUUUUUUCUAAAUAUUAAGAAAAAAUUAAUAUCUAUAUGGAACUAAUUUAAUAUAUAAAUUAAAAAAAAAACAUUUUGGAAACGAUUAUUGUGAUAUAAACUUAAAACAAGAAAAAAAACUAAAAUGGGAUUGUAAAUGAUUAAAAAGAAAUCUAGAAAAAAAUUUAAAAAUGAAACCAAUUGACAAAUACCCCCCAACACAUGGGUGGGGUAUAAAAAUGAUAUUAAGAAACAGAAAAAAAAAACAAAACAAAACACUCAACAGAAGGAAGGAAUGAAUGAUUAAAUAACAAACACAAAAUUUUAUAAAAUAUUGGCAAAAAAUUAAUUUCAUUUAUAUUAAAACAAAGCAACUUUAAGAAAAAAAAAGACAACUUUAAAAAAAAUCAUUAAUACGUUUUGAAUAAUUUUGAGAAAAGCAUAUGAUAUCGGCUAGGAUGUUUCUAAAUACCAGAAUUCUGGCAACAACAUUAUAUAACUUGUCAAAAUUGAUAUUAAAGACAACAACUACUAUCAGAUUGUUUGAAUAGGUUUCAAACGUAAUUUUUAUGUAUGUAAUCCCUUUUAUGACAUUUUCGUAAUUUUUUAUUAUGAACUAGUUCGUGAGGUAAUAAUUUAAUUAACUCAUUCAGCUAGUUGACUAAAAUAGUUAGUUCACUGAAUGAGUUGGUUCACUGAAUGAGUUGGUUCACUGAACUAGUUAGUUCACUGAACUAGUUAGUUCACUGAACUAGUUAGUUCACUGGACUAGUUAGUUUACUGAACUAGUUAGUUCACUGAACUAGUUAGUUCACUGAACUAGUUAGUUCACUGAACUAGUUAGUUCACCGAACUAGUUAGUUCACCGAACUAGUUAGUUUACUGAACUUGUUAGUUCACUGAACUUAUUAGUUCAUUGAACUAGUUAGUUCACUGAACUAGUUAGUUAACUGAACUAGUUAGUUCACUGCAAUGUGAUGCCCGUUGGGCACAACAUGUAUUCAUAAUAUCGAAAAAAGCAUUGCAAGUGCUUGGGCUUUCUUAAGCGGUGCAAGAGCUACUUCACUUCACCUGAUCUUCUUAAUAGCUGUACUACCUGGUAUGAGUCUGUGCUCCGAAGACAUCCUUGGAGCUGCUCGACCAUGUUUAGAGAAGGGCGAUAGUGUUGAUAGGGGACAGUGAGGUAUCCAACUAUAUAUGGUUCCACUUGAACACUGUCGCAACUGGGGUGGCAUAUUAAUGCUCUAUCUUUACUUUCAUGGUGUGUGAUAUCCACUGAUAUUCGCCUUCUUAUUCCUGACGUAAGAAUCAAUAAUACCAGACACUCCAGGAAUUCACAACCAUUUGAAAUUGAUUGGUCAGCUGACCGAACAAUGCACUGCAGAGAUAAUUCCUUUUCGCCCGAAUUGUUCGUAUGUGGAAUCCACUUUCGGCAAAUAAUUUUCCCACCGACUACGACAUCCAGAAAUUCAAGACGAAUGUCAAUUAUUACUACUUCCACUUUCCUCGCUCCUAUUCCUAACUUUCUUUCCGCCAAUACAAUACAUUUGCAUAUAUCAACAACUUUCCCUGUUAGUUUACUGAACUAGUUAGUUCCCUGAACUAGUUUGUUCACUGAACUAGUUAGUAAAAUGAACUAGUUUGUUCACUGAACUAGUGAGUAAAAUGAACUAGUUAGUUUAUUGAAUUACUUGGUUCACCGAACUAGUUAACUCAAUUAACUGGUUAGUUAACUGAACUAGUUAGUUCACUAAACUAGUUAGUUCCCUGAACUAGUUUGUUUACUGAACUAGUUAGUAAAAUGAACUGCUUGAUUCGCUGAAAUAAUGAUUGAAAUGAACUAGUUAGUUUAUUGAAUGACCUGUUUCACUGAACUAGUUAGUUCAAUGAACGUUCGUACGAAAACAUCGAGAAGUUGAAGUGGGACCUCAAAUAUAAAUAUAUAUUUUUUAAUCUUCUUAUUUGAAGGGAUUUUAAAAUUUUUAUUUGGAUUUUUUAAUUUUUUCGAUUUUUUCACUUUUGUCAACCGGUGCAACACUGUGCGCCUAGGACUGGGACCCCUAUAUUAUCGUGAUAAUCAUGGUUUCUUCAAGCAAAUAAGUCACUCGAGUGUAGUAUGCCAUUUCCAUCUAUUAUAUUGCAGCUUUUCGACGUGCAAUUUCCGUACAGCGUCAGAUCGUACAUUUCUCACAGCUUUGAGACGAGUGCGAACUUUUGCUGCAAGAAGAUAAUGAUCCAAAUCGAUAGUUGCACCUCGGUUUCAUCUAAAUAUAAGGAACCCUCAACCCCUCCUUGACAACGAAAAAACCUUCUAGGUAAUGAAAAGCUGUUUCUGUGGAUUUGCGCUUGCCAUAGGCAUGCGAUCUUUAGAAAUUUUUGCCCUUAGAUGUGCAUUUAUGAACUUUUUUAGAGAACGAAUUGUACGGAUUUCCUUUUGAAAUAAAUGUAGGUUUAUGUAGGUACUUCCCACAGGAGUUCAGGUCAUACCGUUAUAAGCAGAGUAUAUCUCUCAGGCUAUCGGAAAAAGUUUGUAGUUUGACUGGUGAUACAUUAUCAGAUCCUGACUAUUUAUAAAGACCUGCGGGUCUUGUAGGUAUCAUCAAAGGUACUGCAGAAUUUCCCCAGGACUUGUUCAACCGGUAUUGAAGGAAAAGCUGUAGGUUUUUGGACCCCUAAGCCAGGUUGCCAGUCUUUCGAACACAGCUUGUAGUUUAACUGGUGAUACAUUAUCAGAUCCGGACGAUUUAUAAAGGCCUAAGGUCUUGAAAGUAUUUUCAUAGGUACUGCAAAAUUUCCCCAGGACUUGUUCUAUCGGUAUUGUAGGCCAAGCAGCAGGUUUUUGGUCCCCUUUAACAGGUAGUCAGUUUAUCGGACUCACAACUUGUAGUUUGACUGGCGAUAAAUUAUCAGAUCCUGAAGAUUUAUAAAGGCCUGGAGGCUUCGUAUAUAUCUUCGGAGGUACAGCAGAAAAUCCCUAUGACUUGUUUUAACGGUAUUUGUGGGCCAAGCUCCUGGGUUUUGGACCCAUUAGCUGAUUUUUGGGACUAUCUAUCGGGUUUUUGUACCAUACAACCUUUUUUAGGGUCAUCCAUCGGUUUUUUAGUCCCAGGUGUUACAUUUUGGAAACUGCAGGCGCUUUUUGGACCAAACUGUCGGGGUUUCCACCCAGCUAAUGGUACUUCAGCCCAACCAACCGGGCAGCUACCGCUUUUUCGAGCCUAGAUGUCGGUGUUUUAGCCCAGCCACCGUUUUUUAGGACUAGGUGGUGCUUUUGAAUCCAGCUGCCGGUAUUUAAGUCCUAGCUCAGUUUUUAAACUACUGCCACUUUUUGGGAUCUGUUUUUCCCCCAAGCAACUGGGAAGCUACGGGUAUUUUUGGGCCUAUCUGUCGAUUUUUUUUUUGGUCCAGCCACUGGUUUUUUAGAACUAGGUGGCGGUGCAGGAUUUUACCGGCCCAGCUACCGGUUUUUUUCAUCUACCUACUGGUACUUCAGGCCUAGCAACCGGGCAGCACCCGUAUUGUGAGCCUAGCUGUCGGGUUUUUGUUCCAGCCACUGGUUUUUAGUACUUUGGCUCCUUUUUGGGUGUAGCUAUCGAAUUUUAGUCCUAGCUGCUACUUUUUAGACUAUCUACCUCUUUUUGGGUCCAGCUACCAGUUUUUUCAUCCAGCUACCGGUAUUUCUGGCCAAUCAUUCUGGCAGCUACGGUUAUUUUGGGUCUAGCUGUCAGGUUUUUUGGCCCACCCAUCGGUUUUUUAGAACUAGGUGUCGCUUUUUGGGUCCACUUACCGGGAGUUUAGUCGUAGCUACCUUUACUAUACCCUUGUUUUUGGUCUAAAUUCAGGUUUUAGGGCCCAGUGUCCGUUAUAAGAGGUUUAGUUUCAGUUUUUUACGGCUUUUUGGGAUCGGCUAACGGUGUUUUUAGCUUAGAUGCAAGAUUUUCAACAAAGUCCCAUAAAUUUAGUCCUAGCUGCCACUUUUUAGACUAUCUACCGCUUGUUCGGUCCAGCUACAGAAUUUUUUAUCCAGCUACCAGUUAUUAUUGGCCAAUCAUCCGGGCAGCUGCCGAUAUUUUGGGUCUAACUGUCAGAUUUUUGACCCGUUUUUUUAGGAAAAGGUGCCGCUUUUUGGGUCCAUCCACCGGGAUUUUAGUCCUAGCUAUCUUUUUUGGGAUCAGCCACCUUUUUUCACCCAGCUACCGCUAUCUUAAGCCAAGCAACCGGUUUUUUAGCACAGCUACAGGUGUUUUACGCUGAGCUGCCGAUUUUUAGGAGAAGCUGUCGUUUAUUGAGCCCAGCUACUUUUUUGUAAAGCCUAGCUUCAGAUUUUAGGGGAUCUGCUGACGGUUUGUGGGCCAUAUACCUGUGUGUUUGGUCUAAAUUCAGCUUUUAGAGCCCACUUACCAUUAUGUGAGGUUUCGUUUAAGUUUUUUGACGACUUUUAAGACCAGAUAACGGUGUUUUUACCUUAGGUGCAGAAUUUUUAACAACGUCCUAGAAUUUUAGUCCUAGCUGCCACCUUUUAAACUAUCUACCGCUUGUUCGGUCCAUCUACCGAAUUUUUCAUCCUGCUACCGGUUAUUAUUGGCCAAUCAUCUGGGCAGCUGCCGAAAUUUUGGGUCAGACUUUUGGCUCAGCCAUUGGUUUUUUAGGAAUAGGUGCCGUUUUUUGGGUCCAGCUACCGGUAUUUUAGUCCUAGCAACCUUUUUUAGGACCAGCUACCUUUUUUCACCAAGCUACCGGUAUUUUAGGCCAACCAACCGGUUUUUUAGCACAUCUACAGGUGUUUUAGGCUGAACUGCCGGUUUUUAGGAGAAACUGUCAUUUAUUGAGCCCAGCUACUAUUAUGUAAGGCCUAGCUUCAAGUUUUUGGGGAUCUGAUUAUGGUUUUUGGACCCAUAUACCAGUGUUUUUGGUCUAAAUAGAGGUUU